AAACCCUGUAAAACACACGAAAAUGGGACACCCUGGACAAUAAAAUAUGAAUGUGCUACCUACUAUUAUUUUAUAUACUAUUUUAGCAGGCCGUACAAUUUUAAACUUACAGAAUUAUCACUAACAAAUUAAUACAUAAUAUAUCUAUACAUUUCCAAACUAAUAUCGGCACUAUUUUAGUCAAACAAGGUACCCUGGAUGUCAAUAAUAACUUCCAGACCUGUCUGGGCGCUAGCUGCUGCCCAAACGGGCUGCGUUUUUGCAUUUGCGAUUCUUUUUACACAGAUUCCAACCUAUCUGAACAAAGUAAUGGAUUUUAAUAUAAAAGACAAUAGUUUAUUGUCGUCGUUGCCUUAUUUGAGUUUUUGGAUUUUGGGACAAACAAUGAGCUUCGUUUCUGAUUAUAUAAUUAAUAAGAAAAUUGUUAGUCCGGGAGCUGCACGAAAAAUAUUUAGUUCAAUAGGUUUAUUUGUUCCUUCGGCAGCAUUAAUUUUACUGGGGUAUACGAAAGCUGACCAAACAAUUCAGGCCGUAUGUCUCCUAGUCGCUUCCGUAGGAUUUCUGUCCGUAAGCAACCUAGGUUGGGCAUUGAACCAUAUGGAUUUAUCACCCAACUAUGCGGGAUUGCUGAUGGGGCUCAUUAAUGCACUCUCUAACAUAUUUUCUAUUAUUGCUCCGUUAAGUGCACAAAUCCUUAUAACGGACGAAAAAAACCCGGCAGAAUGGCGAAUAAUAUUCUUCCUGGCGGCUGGAUUUAACAUUUGCGCUGCGAUGAUUUUUAACAUUUUUGGAUCUGGCAAGGUGCAACACUGGAAUUAGCAAAAUCAGAACGAACGCGUAUAAAGCUAGAAGUUAGUGAUGAGCAAAUUCAGAGCCAAAACCGCCUCAUCACUACCAAGUUAUCUAGUUGAAGAAACAUAAAUUAUUUUUUUAUUUAUUUUAUAUCCUAACAGUAAUAAUGACAUUGAAUUUAUCGUAGUCUACAGCAUGGGCAUGAAUUGCCUUCUUAAUAUCUAUAAGAUCUAUUAUACUAUAAAAGUGUCUACUCUCUACAGAUAAUAUUUUUUAGUUCUUGUAAUAUCAUAGUAAUUACAUAUCUUUUUGUAAACAUUAAAAAUAAUAACAAUAUAUUU